GAGGUGGUAUUCAAUUUCACAGUUAAGUCUCAGUGGAAAUAAACUGAGAGAAAAGGGGGGAAAACAAACCCAACAGGAUUUAAAAAAUAUGUUUAGGUCAAUGCGGUGAAGACACAUCAAAACUGAUGCUAGACCAGCACAAGCUCAGAUCUUGUGCAGAAAUAUGACUACCGUGACCUGCAACACAGUUUGUCAGACAUCUGUUUAUACAUUUUUUUUAAUACUAACUAGUUACCUGCUUUGUAUUUAAAAUAGUUCAGGACAAAGAUAAGAGUAAAUUAUGUUAGCAACUAGCUUAUCACUCUGCUUAUGUGCUUUGUUUUUUCCCUUUUAUCAGAAUAAUCCAUGAGUAAGCUCUAAGACAAUGUUUAUUUGCUGCAAUAGGUUUAAAACUUAAACUAACCCCUACCUUAUUAGAUUCAAAAUUUGAAAGUGUUAAUCUAAACCAAGAAAUAUGUUAACAUUCAUAAUGAAUGCUAACAGUCACUAGCUACAUGCAAUUUACUUUUAAGUCUUCUGUGGGACAAAUGGUAGUUCAGGGUGCAUGCAAAUGCUUAGUCCUAACCUAAAGAAUAUUUUAAAAUGCAUUUGCUCUCUUCAGUCUGUGUGUUAACAUGCCAUUUGCAAUACUUAUGUACCAGUAAUAAAGAUGUGAUUCUUAUUUUCUGAACGGAACUAAUACAGUAUUUUGAUGUAUCACAGGUAAAUUUUUCCAUAACCUUAUGGAGAAAAAGGACUUUGAAGCAUGGCUUGAUAACAUUUCUAUUGCAUUUCUUUCUCUGACGGACUUGCAGAAAAAUGAAACUCUGGAUCACCUGAUUAGCUUGAGUGGAGCAGUCCAGCUCAGGCACCUCUCCAAUAAUCUAGAGAUUCUCCUCAAGAGGGACUUCCUCAAACUUCUUCCAUUGGAACUUAGUUUUUAUCUGUUAAAAUGGCUUGAUCCGCAGACCUUACUCACAUGUUGCCUCGUCUCUAAGCAGUGGAACAAGGUUAUAAGUGCCUGUACAGAGGUGUGGCAGACUGCAUGUAAGAAUUUGGGUUGGCAGAUAGAUGACUCUGUUCAGGAUCCUCUACACUGGAAGAAGGUUUACCUAAAAGCUAUUUUAAGGAUGAAGCAACUGAAGGACCACGAAGCUUUUGAGACAUCCUCUUUAAUUGGACACAGUGCCAGAGUAUAUGCACUUUACUAUAAAGAUGGACUUCUGUGUACAGGAUCAGAUGACUUGUCUGCAAAACUGUGGGAUGUAAGCACAGGUCAGUGCAUAUAUGGUAUCCAGACACACACUUGUGCUGCAGUGAAGUUUGAUGAACAAAAGCUUGUAACAGGAUCUUUUGAUAACACAGUAGCCUGUUGGGAAUGGAGCUCUGGAGCAAAGACACAGCAUUUUAGAGGACAUACUGGUGCAGUUUUUAGUGUGGAUUACAAUGAUGAACUUGAUAUUCUGGUCAGUGGCUCUGCAGACUUCACUGUGAAAGUAUGGGCCUUAUCAACAGGAACAUGCCUGAAUACCCUUACUGGACACACAGAAUGGGUCACUAAGGUUGUUUUGCAGAAGUGCAAAGUUAAAUCUCUUAUGCAUAGUCCCGGGGAUUAUAUUCUCCUAAGUGCAGAUAAGUAUGAAAUCAAGAUUUGGCCUAUUGGAAGGGAAAUAAACUGCAAGUGCUUAAGAACACUGUCUGUUUCUGAAGACCGCAGCAUCUCCCUACAGCCCAGACUGCACUUUGAUGGUAAAUACAUAGUGUGCAGUUCAGCACUAGGAUUAUACCAGUGGGACUUUGCCAGCUAUGAUAUUCUCAGGGUUAUCAAACCUCCAGACUUCUCAAAUGUGUCCUUGCUGGGCUUUGGAGAGAUAUUUGCUCUACUGUUUGACAACAGAUACCUGUAUAUAAUGGACUUGAGGACAGAAAAACUAAUAAGCCGCUGGCCUUUACCAGAAUAUAGAAAGUCAAAGAGAGGUUCAAGCUUUUUGGCUGGUGAAAUAUCUUGGUUAAAUGGACUAAAUGGCCAAAAUGAUACGGGCUUGGUUUUUGCCACCAGUAUGCCAGACCAUAGUAUCCAUUUGGUGUUAUGGAAAGAACAUGGCUGAAAAGAUCACACGUAGAGAAUCUUCAGGAAUAUGCGGCCUAUCAGCAGUGUGUCCAUAAAACGAGACUUUGCAUGAACCAAAGCUGCACACCCAAUGGUAUCAUCAUGCAAUGCACAAUCAUUUACUUUUAUUUCAGCAUUUGGGAAUGGGUUGUUUUGGACAUAGUGCAAUGCAGCAUGCUAACAGUAUUCACCACAAAUUUUUGUCUAUAUUCAUGUUUAAAUAUACCUAUUUGGGCUCUGAAGUAUAGCUUGUAAUGUUUAAACCAUUCAAAUCUGCUGUCAAGUCUGAAAUUAAGUUGUGCUUGACCUGA